UCCCAAGCCAAUCACGCUGCAUCAGACAUCGUAUUUCAACCAGAGAAGAGAGGACCCUUCGACCGCCUGAGCAGCAGCACGUCGUGCCAGCACACCGCCGCAUCACGUGCCUGUGAGGUGCCGCACCACUGCAUCUCGUGCUCGUGAGCCGCCGCACGCCGCACCUCUGCUUCGACCGACCACCGCUCGUUUGCAGCCCACCUCUGCAUCGCGCGACUGGAAACCCCCGCACCACUGCACCUCGUACUCGUGAGCCGCCGCACGCCGCACCUCUGCAUCGACCGCUCGUUGCAGCCCGCUUCUGUAUCGCGACUGUGAACCGCCGCCGCACGCCCGCACCUCUGCAUCGACUGCUUGUUUGCCGCCCACCUCGCUCCUCUGCAGUUCAGCAGUUCAACGGCUUUGAAGGAAAACCAUCUUGCAUUGAUAUCUUGGAGUUGGAAGAUUACAUAUUUGAGCUCCUUCUUGUUGUAAUUUGUGAUAACAUUUUCAAUAUAGUGUUGUUUGGCUUGCUUGUUUUAUUUAAAAUGACUAUGUCUUGGAGCUUCUUUUUAUUGCAAUUAUUUUUAUGUUCUAUAGUUAUUAUUAAGUGUUAUUACUACUGCUACACUUCUUCUUACUAUGAUGCCGAAAAUCUUUUUAGUGCAUAGUUCUAUUAGUUUAUUGCAUUCCCACAUGUUGGGUCUAUAGGGAUUAUGGAUAGCAAGGUAGGAAAAUAAAUUUAUGCAUUAAGUGUUUUUGGAGUUAUUUGAUUUGAGUGUUUUUUCCCUUCAACUUUGGCCCUUUGAUUAAAGACGUGGACGGUUACACUAGAGAAUUUUCAUAACAGCCUUCACUCUAUGCAGGUACAAACUAGGUGGGAUGACUCUUGAUUUUUGUUUCACCCAUUGUAUUCUGCUGUUGAUUUUUGUUUCACCCAUUGUAAUCUGGAUAGCUUCUUACCCAAAUUAUAUGGUUUCCAAGCUGGAAGCUAUUGAGCUAAUUUUUAGCUUUCUACGGAUUGAGAAACAUAUGGAGAAGCUUUAGAUCCAUUCUUCUUUUACCAAAAACAAAACCUGUUUUUAUCUCCAAAACUAUCCAUGCAUUAAGCCUAAAUUUAACUUCAAAUAUAAAGUUGAAGUUACCCCCAAGUCUUACAUUGUCACUUGAGCAAAAACCUAGGGAUCCUUGGACGUUCUCUCUUUAAUUUCUGCAGACAAAGCCAAGACCUAUAUUUCUUUACUGUUAAUCCCCUAAGAAGAAGGAGAGGAAUAGAUAAAAUGGGUUGCAGUUGCAGUCCCUUGUUCCUUGGGAGAUGUUGGACUUCCACUUCCAUUAACAUCAGUCAGUCUCCAACUAUUUUUAAUAAUAGCAACAGCAAUAGAACCUCAAUUUUGCCAUCACUGACUCUUUUUCAUCUUUGUCAUGCAUCAAAAGACCUUCAAACUGGUUCUAUGCUUUGCUUCAAUGCAUCACUGGAAACUAAUGCCAGUUGCAACAAGGAAUUGACAAUUACCCAAAGAAAACCCUCGCCAUUUGAUUUUCCCUUGGGGAGUGGUGGUAGUUGGAAUAACAACAACAACAAUAACAAUAAUCCCAUUGAUCCAUGGUGGUGGAAUGAUGGUAGUGACUCCUCAGAGAGUCAUUUUCCCUUUAUCUGCUUCUUAUGUUGCUCUGUGGUUUUCUGGGUUUUCAUCAACCUGCACUUGGCUUCUUCAGCACUUGCAAAAGCAACUCUCUCUCCAGAGGAAGAGGAGGUUGUCGAUGAGAAGGUUUGGGAAAUUAAAGGAAGCAAGUGGAUUAGGCUCAUUCCUGAUUUCUUCAAGGAUGAAUUUCUCGUUGCUCCAUCAUCAUCAGGACCAUCACAUGAUAAUAGAUCACCGUCAUGGUUGAGCAUUGGGGGAAAUUUAUGGCUACAAUGUAGAGCCCUCUUCAUUCAACUCAUGCUCCCUGAAGGAUUUCCUCUCAGCGUGACAUCUGAUUACUUGGAUUACUCACUUUGGCGGGGUAUACAAGGUGUUGCCAGCCAAAUAAGUGGUGUUCUUGCCACCCAGGCAUUGCUUUAUGCUGUUGGAUUGGGUAAAGGGGCCAUUCCAACUGCAGCCGCCAUCAAUUGGGUCCUCAAGGAUGGAAUUGGGUAUCUCAGUAAAAUCAUCUUGUCCAAAUACGGGCGCCAUUUUGAUGUCAAUCCUAAAGGGUGGAGGUUGUUUGCUGAUCUUUUGGAAAAUGCUGCCUUUGGUUUGGAGAUUUUGACUCCUGCUUUUCCUCAUCUCUUUGUUGUUAUUGGUGCUGCUGCUGGAGCUGGACGCUCUGCUGCUGCUCUUAUCCAGGCUGCUACAAGGAGCUGUUUCUAUGCUGGUUUUGCUGCUCAAAGGAACUUUGCUGAGGUAAUUGCAAAGGGUGAAGCUCAAGGAAUGGUGAGCAAAUUUAUAGGCAUCAUGCUUGGUAUCGCACUCGCCAAUGGCAUAGGCUCUUCUACUCCCCUCACCCUUGCUUCAUUCAGCGUGGUGACAUGGAUCCACAUGUUUUGCAAUCUGAAAUCAUAUCAAUCCAUUCAACUGAGGACCUUAAACCCCUAUCGUGCAAGUUUAGUUUUUAGUGAAUAUCUUCUCAGUGGCCAGGCACCUCCAAUCAAAGAGGUUAAUGAUGAGGAACCACUUUUUCCAGCUUUGCCAUUUCUUAACGUAAAUUGUAAGGAUAAACCACAGUCAGCUGUACUAUCUUCAGGAGCAAGGGAUGCAGCUGCUGAAAUUGAGAACCGGUUGCAGCUUGGCUCAAAGCUUAGUGAUAUUGUGAAAAAUAAGGAUGAAGUGCUUGCAUUGUUCAAUCUGUAUAGAGAUGAAGGCUACAUUUUGACCGAACACAAGGGAAGAUUCUGUGUAGUGCUUAAAGAAAGUUGUUCAGGACAAGACAUGCUCAAGGCAGUAUUCCAAGUGAAUUACUUGUACUGGUUGGAGAGAAAUGCGGGCAUUGAAGCAAGAGGUACCUGUGCUGAUUGCAGACCAGGGGGAAGGCUACAGAUAUCUCUAGAAUACACGCAAUGGGAAUUCACCCAUGUCAAAAACGAUAGCGUAUCAAUGGGUUGGGUUGCUGAUGGACUUAUUGCAAGACCUUUACCAAACAGGAUAGGUCCAGGUGAUAUGGCUCCGUCAAUAGCAACCUGAACUGAUACCAUCUGCUAAGGAUCAUGAUUGGGAAUUGUUUGAUCAUCUUUAUCCAAGAAAGAGAUGCAAACUACAUAUCCUGCUUCAAAAAUGGUAACUAAACACUGAUUCAACCAACCAUGAUUGAAAAGUUUCACAAGGUUAAGCGAGCGAGGCACUGAACACACAAAUCUAAUUUUUACAAAUAAUUUUCAGAUUUCAAUCAUUGAUAGUGGGAGAAUGUCUUUGCAAUGGGACUUCCUUUAGAUGUAGUUAGGGUUUUGAAAAUUGGGUAGUACUAUUUGUAUUGCUCAGUGAAAUGUGGAUUUUCGCCUGUUACUAUUGUUCUC